CUUGACCUGUCAUAUUUUUCUUUUUAUGUCAACCAAAGAGAUAAACAGAUCGUGAAAAUGGGAGACAACAAUGAUAUUUCGACAAACUCGUCCGCUGAACAGACGAACGUGAACCAGGACGAACUGAUAUUAGCCCAGCAACGUCAAAUCGAGAAGGAGAUAUCGGAUUCGAUCCCGCUAGUCGGAGAUUUGGAACCGGUGUCGUCCCUUAGCAAAGAAUAUGUGACUGAUAACGUUUAUUUAGACAAAGUCAAUGACUUGGCUUCAAAAUACAAGUUUAUUAGAAGGACCAGACCUGAUGGUAACUGCUUCUUUAGAGCAUUUAGUUAUGCCAACAUUGAACGUUUGACUGAUAAAAAGGAAGAGUUUAAUGAAUUCUAUAAUUUUGCUGAAAAGAGUAAGAACACUCUGGUGGAAUUGGGCUUUCAACAAUUCACUGUUGAAGACUUCUACGACACUUAUAUGGAAGUUCUUAAGAGAAUUAAAGGAAAAGACACUCCACAGGAAGCCAGAAAUGAACUCCACACUUUGUUCAAUGAACAGGGUUUUUCAGACUAUAUGGUGGUUUACCUAAGACUAUUAACAAGUGGACAAUUGCAGAAAGAAGAAGAUUUCUAUGGCUGUUUCAUUGAAGGACACAGAACUGUAGCAGAUUUUUGUCAUCAGGAAGUUGAACCAAUGUACAAGGAAAGUGACCAUAUUCAUAUUAUGGCUGCAUGUGCUGCUUUAAACUCAGGUGUUAGAGUAGUUUAUAUGGACCGUGGAACUGGAAAGUCCUGCACAGAGCAUGAUUUACCAGAAGGUUGCACUCCAACUGUUCAUUUAUUAUACCGUCCAGGACAUUAUGAUAUUUUGUACCCAUAACAAAUGUUAAUUUUUUUGUAAUAUUGUUUUUUUCAAUAAAGUGUUAAGCUCC